AAGAAAGAGUAAAUCCUAACCGGGUUUCCGUAAUUGUCAUUAGAUUUAUAAACAAAUUUAUUAUGAGCGUGUUUUAAUAUGUUUAAUCCCAAUCCCUAUUAAAUUAUUGAAUAACAUGGAUUUGUUAACGCAAACAAGUCUUGAAGCUUUACUUCUAAAAGCUACUAAUACGAAAAAUCUCAACUUCGAUACUGUCGCAGUAGAAGCCUUCUGUUCUAUAAUUAAUAAAGAGAAAGAUGGUCCACAAGUUGGAGUAAAAGUGAUAGCCGCCAGGCUACCAUCGGGGGAUGAAAGGGAAAUGCUACAAACUUUAAAUGUUUUGGAUCAUUGUAUGUCAAAAUGCGGUACAAAUUUUCAAAACGAAGUAGGAAAAUUCAGAUUUUUGAACGAAUUGAUUAAACUAGUUUCGCCAAAAUACUUAGGUUCUCAAACCCCAUUAACAGUAAAACAAAAAAUUCUACAAUUAUUCUAUGUGUGGACAUUGGAUUAUCCAAAAGAAAUUAAAAUAGUUGAGGCAUUUGAUAUGUUGAGAAAACAAGGAGUUGUUAGAGAUAUCCCCAACCCAAAUGUACCGUUAUUAGAAGGUAACGCUUUUGCUAAAAGAAAAAACGUGACUUCUAUUUUCCAAGAUGAGGAAAAAUCAAAAAUAUUACAGAAACUACUACAAAGUAAGGAUCCAGAAGAUAUACAAGCUGCGAAUUGGUUGAUAAAAAGCAUGGUUAAAGAAGAUGAUAAAAGAGCCGAAUUAAAAAGUAAAAGAAUUUCAGAGUUGGAAUCUGUGCAAAAUAAUGUCAGAUUAUUAAAUGAAAUGUUAGAUUCAUAUAAACCUACAGUUUCAUCAAUAGCAGAAUUAGAUCUUAUCAAAGAGUUAUACCAAAAUUGUGAGAGUUUGAGACCUUCAGUGAACAAAUUGAUUCUAGAAACCCACCUCGAAGAAGGGAUACUAGAUGAUGUUUUAAAAACAAGUGACGAAUUAUCUAUCGCAUUUGAUAAAUACAAUAUUCUUAUUAUCCAAGGAAGGCAAUUACCAAUGAAACGAGACUCAAAUCAUUCUCUUCUACAGUUUGAUAACCCAAAUUCGUUAAUACCUGAUAAAAAUAAUUCACAAAAUGGUGAUGCUGAAACAUCACUUGACGUGUUAUGUGAUAUAUUUAGUUCUUCAACUAUACCAGAUUCUGCUGAUCUUUUACAACCUUUAAGUAUAACAAAAGAGGAUACACAAAUGGGUGAAAAUAGUAAGGAUAUACCAAAACUAAAGGGACUAGAAGAACUCGAUGUAUUAGGGGAUCAUUUGAUGAAAGAAAAUUUACAAAGCUGCAGGAUUAAUAACGAGAAAGUACCGAUGAAUAUUCUGAAUAAAAUAUCGGAAAUAAAGCAAAAUCAACUAGCUCAGAAACAUGAAACAAAUCAAACGGAAAUAUUCAAUCUCGAUUUAAACUAUCUUCUUAAAUCGAAGAAUGAUGUAAAAUCUUCAAGUGAUACCAACGAUGAUUGUUUAGUUGAUAUAAGCGAUGAAAUAAUGUUGGAAGUCGAUAAAAAUACAGAUUCCGAAUUAAUCCACACUGUAUCGCUAACGAAAACGGAAAAAAGCGUACAAGAAAAAAAUAUUAAACUGAAUGAUAUAUUCGUUAAAUUGGAAAGUAUUAGACCGAGCGGUUUACCUCCGAUGGUUAUUUUAAACGAUAAAAAUGGCAUUACAGUCUCUUUACAUUUAGCCAAAGAUGAACCCAAAGACGGAGUUAACGUUUUUGUUAUUACAACUGUUAGUAAAAACGAAUCUCCUUUGAAUAAUUAUUUGUUUCAAGCUGUAGUUCCUAAGGGAUGUAAAUUGAAGUUACAACCACCGUCUUCAACAGAUCUUCCUGUCUACAAUCCAUUUUUACCACCAAUGGCUAUUACACAAAUAUUAUUAGUGGGAAAUCCGGAAUCUGUUGCAGUUUCUUUAAAAUUCAUCAUUAGCUACAUAAUGGAUGAGGAAACAAUUACGGAAAUGGGAGAAGUGGAAGAGCUACCGAGGCUUCGUUGAUAAAUUUCAUUGAGUGAAAUAUCAAAACUGCUACUUUAUAGGUUUUCAACACGUUGACUGACAAUUUUAUUUAAUCCUUUUAUAUCAUUAAAAAUUUUUAUUCAAAUACAAAGUUGUCACUGAAACGUUGGAAAAUGUAGGAUCUUACAAGUUAUUUCAAUGUUGGCAGUUAACGUGUUGAAUCUUGUCUCAAGAUUCAUUUGAAAAUCCGAAGAAAAAAAGGUCGAAUUAUGAUUUAAUUUUCUUUCUAGUCAUUUUUAAAUAAAAUGUACUUAUUGAUUGUAUGCAGAAUUGUUUUGCAAGUUUCGAAAAACAACACUGUUGAUUAUAUAUACAGGGCGUCUCAGAAAGAACGAUUUUUCUAUUAGAUUAGCUCCUUUUGGAUAUUACAAAUCGUGUCACUUUUUCUUUGGAAAUUGUAUAUAUUGUCAGAUUGUCAAUUUUUUACUGUAUUUACUGAAAAUUUGUGAAUUUUCUUCUAUAGCGAUUAUUUCGUGCUUUUCAUCAAAUCUUCAGCUAUAUCUAGAAGAUUCUACAUUUUCCAAAAUACUUGGCCUCCUCCCAAAGGUUUUGGUUAGGUUAGGUUAGCCUUUUGAUGACCUACAAGAAAACCAACUACCAGUUAGAUGUCAUUUGUAGUCAUUAUGAGAUCUUAAUUAAUAUGGUUAUGAAAUUAUCCUAGACCUGAGUGUUUUUCUAUCUGAUCCUUUAGCCCUUACGGUCUAUUCCAUUAGAUUAUCUUAGUCCUGGAAUGUUUCUCCAUCUGAUCCUUGAGCCCUACUUUCAUUUUCUUUGUUGAUAUGUCACCUCAUGAGGUUAUAAUAGGGUUCUGGUCCAAAAUUUGGGUUGUCUUUGUCCUGGAAUGUUUCUUCAUCUGAUCCUUGAGCCCUACUUUCAAUUCCUUUUUUGAUAUGACACUUCAUGGGGUUACAUAGGGUUCUGGUCCAAAAUUUGGAUUGUCUUCUUGUUUCUUCAUUUAAUUGCCAGUAUUUUUUCUAUUAUUCUCACCUCAGUUAUCAAACGACCCAGUUCGCUAUUCCACCAAAGCACGUCUCUAUCGAUUGCCUUGGAUUUUAUUGUGCAGUUGUUUUUUUUUCUGUUAUCUAACUAUGUAUAAAACGUUCCAUUUUUCGAAAAUAAAAUGCAAAAUAGUUCUCUUAAUAUAAACAAUAAUUUUUUAUGUACAAAAAAGAGGUUGUGUGUGAAGAAUAUUAUAUUUAUACAGUUUUUUGAUAAUUUUUUAUAUUUUAAAUUUGUUUUUUUUUGUUAAAUAUAUUUAAUCAGAUUUAUAUUCAGUUAUAAUAUCACCAUUAUAUAAAUAUUUUUUAUCAAUAUUAAACUUUUAGGUAUUUA